UCUCUCUGGCUUCGAUCGCCUCCCCCUCAUUGAGAGCAUAGCUUUUCGCGGGGGCAGCCAUUGCUGUCUGUCAGCGAUGCAGGAGGCGCUGCUCUCUCCGGUCCGCUCGGCAUUGGAGCUCAAGCCGUUCGCCUUCGGUGACCAGCGGCUGGCGUCCUCGCCGCGCUACUUCCCCAGCGGCGACGACGCCCUGUACCGCUGCUCCUCCCCCUUCAGCCCCACCUUCGGGUUCUCCUCGCCGUCGCCGCUAGCCACCUCCGUAUCGCUCUCGCCGUCCUCCUCCGCCUCCCUUGUUGAUGAUGGGGACGACGGGGGAGCGGCCGCCGAUGCCACGGGGCAGCGGCUGCAGUUGGCGCGUCUCGCGCUGCAGUACCAGGAGGUGGCCGACCGCUACGAGCUUUGCCUCUCCCACCUCGCCGAGGCCGCCGAAGAGGCCGCGGCACUCCGCCGUGAAAACGCCGAGCUACGCGUCGCCAACAGCGACCUCACGCGCCGCCUCGCCCUGCUCAGCGGAAAGCAUACCGCCGCCGUGGCCGUCGCCGACGAGAUCCGACGGCUCCGCCUCGGCGAGCAGAAGGUCGCGACCACCAACAAGGAGCCCACGCCCGAGAAGCUCGCCGUGCUACCUAAGAGCAUCUCUGUGCGAUCGACUAGCUACCUCAAACUGAACCAGCAAGCCCAGGCCACCGCCACGGCGGCGGCCCACAACCGGAAGCCCCGCACGUCGUCGAACCCGACCAACAACCCCAGCUCGCAGCGCGCUUACGACGGCGUCAGGAAAGGCGAUGAGCAGAAGGAGCAAUGCGCGGACGCCGCCGCGGAGCUGGAGGUGUACAACCAGGGCAUGUUCAAGACGGAGCUGUGCAACAAGUGGGAGGAGACGGGGGCCUGCCCUUACGGCGACCAGUGCCAGUUCGCGCACGGCGUCGCAGAGCUCCGCCCCGUCAUCCGCCACCCCCGCUACAAGACCGCGGUCUGCCGCAUGGUGCUCGCCGGCGACGUCUGCCCCUACGGCCACCGCUGCCACUUCCGCCACUCGCUCACCCCCGCCGAACGACUCCUCCGCCGCCCGUAGCAAGGCGCGCGGCCAGCCUUUUUCGUCACCUGGAACCGUUUAUUGAUUUCACAAAAUACAAUAUACGAUUAUACACAACAAAAAAUGUAUAAAAAAUACGAACAGCGUAAAUAAACGUACAGGAGCCAUAUGGUAGAGUACUAGAGUAGCACCAAGCAAUGUGAAUAUCCACUACAGGUUUAGUCUUUUCGUCAGAUCGGGUUCAGGGACUUCACGUUACGUCCGUUUGUUCAUAUGAUUGCCAGUUUCUUCAAUGCGUUUUGAUAAAAUUGGGGGUGAGAGGCACGGUGCAAUAAAGCUAGUAAUUGAGGAUAUGUCGACUGGUAAGUACUUCAAAAAGUGCAGGUGAAAGCCCAGCAAAUGUAUCCGACGACUUAUUAUUUUGUUGGUACGACAAGGCCGUUGAUCUUGUUUGCAUCUAUAGAGGCUCUUUGGUAGUUUGAUUUCUAGUGACUUACUUUGUUUGCUCUUGCAAUUUUCGAUGUAAUGGACAGUGAUUUUUGCAAUAACAUACGUUGGCAUGUUGCUCACAGCACCAUUCCCUGUUGUAAGAAAAACGUGACUGUUAAUUGGCAAUUCUUCACCCUUUUUUGUUUGUGCAUAUUGCCUCGAUCAUGAU